AUGGAGCCGCAGCUAGGUGAAGUGGCCGGGCCGGCGCCCGCCGUGAGGCCCCUCGUCAACCCCGAAGAGUUUGGGGAAGUCGAUACCACCAGGUACCCGGCGCCAAAAGACGCCACGCACAAAGUGCGCGGCCGUAACGACCUACUAGAGCUGAUGUGUGGCGCCGGCACUGUUGACCCCGAACUGCUCACUGUCAAGACUUUCUACUUCUUCUUCUACUCUGCCUUCGGCUCCCUUUUUCCUUUGAUGGGUGUUUACUUCAAGCAGAUGGGUAUGAAUGCCGGGCAAUGCGGGCUGCUGAUCGGCACGAGGCCAUUUGUUGAAUUUCUCUCAGCACCGUUCUGGGGGGGACUCGCAGACCGUUGGCAGAAGGGACGCACACUUCUAUUGGCCUCGCUUGGCGCGUGGAUUAUAUUCACAUUGCCACUGAGUUGGGUACAGCCAGGCGCAGUGGCAUGCGUUCAACCGGUCAACAACUCGGCUUACGUACUGGCACCCCCACGGUACGACGCGGACGCUCCGCCGGUUCCUCAAUCUUUCCGUACACCUGUUGGGUCGAGCUCGGGCUCACCGUUGCCCGUCUCCGACGCAGAAAACUAUGACACCUCCGCCAAUUCAGACUGGGUGACACCACUGCACUCCUUUAUCGUUUAUACGACGCCUAAUAUUCAGAAGACCUUCUUCCUGCUCCUGCUUCUCGUGGUCAUUGGAGAGUUCUUUAGUGCUCCAGCCAUCACACUCGCCGACUCAGCGGUUAUUACCUUGCUGGGCGAAGACGCCGACAGGUAUGGGCACCAGCGCAUGUUCGGGUCAUUGGGUUGGGGUCUCGCUAUGUUCUUCGUCGGCAUCGCGCUGGACCACAGCACCGCCUUCAGCACACACCCGUGCGGUGGCCCGCAGCGUUACGAGAAGAAUUAUACCAUCUGCUUUGCAACCUUCUCUGUACUCAUGGGUGCCGCACUCGUAACCGCCACCCAGAUCCGAUUCAAAUAUGAACCAUCGAGCUUCGAAAACGAAGUUGAACCGCCGGUAAUAGUAACUAGCGAGCUAUCUCGUGAGGCACAAAUGCAAGCGCAACUCGCGGCACAGCUGCAACUACCGGGUCUGGAUACGAGUGCACCUGACCCACAGCCCCCGCCACAACCACUACACCACGCCAAAGUGUUUGCGCAGACAACCCGCGAGAUGCCAGAGUGGGUCACCGUGCUGCGCCAAUUCCAAAACGUCAAAGCAGCCUCCUUUUUACUCGUUGCCUGGUUUAUGGGCUUCGGCAUUGGCCUAAUUUUUACGUUCCUCUUUUGGCAUCUUCAGGAUAUCGGAGGCUCACCUACUCUGUUCGGGGUGGCAUCAGUCAUCAAUCACAUUUCGGAAAUAUUUGCCUAUUUCUUCAGCUUUAAGCUCAUCACACAAAUGGGCCACGUAAAGGUGCUGUGUCUGGGGCUAGCCGGCAAUGUUGUGCGGUUCUUGUACAUUUCCUGGCUGUCAGACCCCUGGUGGGUGCUACCGUUUGAGUUUGUACAGGGGGUCACGCAUGCGGCCGUGUGGGCUGCUUGUUGUUCGUACAUUGCACACGGCUCUCCUCCUGGUCUGCGCUCGUCCGCGCAGGGUGUACUUCAAGGGCUGCACCACGGGCUGGGGCGGGGUUGUGGCGCUGUAAUCGGCGGCAUCGCCGUUGCUAAGUGGGGUACUACGCGUACCUUUGCCGGCUACGGAUUGCUGUGUGCAGUAGCACUGGCGGCGUUUGCUUUCGUUAACUUCCGUGAUGCGGGUGACGUUGCGACUGGAGCCGGUGGUGCCGGCGUCGACAGCGAGGAAGAGGCGCGCGCUUUUGCGGAAGCAGGCGUGUUAGCACCACACGGGGUGCCCUCAGCUCCACUGCCACGUGCACUGUCGUCCACGCGCCUCUCUGAUCUCGCACACCAUGACAACUAUGGUGCCACGCAGAACUACAGUGGCGGGGAGAGCCUAAGUGUGCCGGGAGGUGGUCCUCCUGCACCGUCGCCCGCCAACCCCUUCCUCAGUGAACAGCCUGGCUCUUACCGAUAA